AUGAAGCGAGCAGAGAAACGAUCUUCUCAUUUAAAUCUUCUGAAAAUUUUAUUUGCUGCAUUUCCGACGAUUGUUUUCGGUGUUUUUACAGUCGUGUUCACUCUACAGCAGAAUGCAUCGGCUAAGGCUGCACGUGAGCAAGAUCAGCGGCAAGCAGAUGAAACCAAUCAACGCAUCAUCUUCAAAGAAUAUAUCGAUGAUAUGAAAGAACUCCUUCUAGAUAAAUAUUUCGCCCAGAACAUGACCAGAUCGUUACUUCAUAUCCGCGUUCAAACAUUAACUGCAUUGAAAAGUCUUGACACCAAUCGUAAACGUGAUAUCAUUAUCUUUCUUUAUGAAAAUCAUCUUAUUCGUCAUGAUAAGUCACCGCGUAUUGAAUUACGUGGUGCUGAUCUGACAAAUGUGAAAUUCGGAGAAUCAUCGAUAGAAACUUGUCUGUUAACUAAUCUUUAUUUGCCAGGAAUCUAUGCAAAGGGCAUUAUAUUCGAUGGUUGUGACUUAGCAGGUGCACGUUUCGAUGAUGCUUUAAUGAAUAACGCACAAUUUUACUCAUGUAUAUUAUACAAUGCAACUUUCGUUCGAACAAAUUUGACGAAUGCAAAAUUCUAUGAUAAUUAUAUUUUUAUGGCAGAUUUUAGUAGUACUUUACUCACUAAAACCUCGAUUAAAGGCGGCAUUCUUCAAGGUGUCAAUCUAACAAAUGCAGAUCUAUACAAAAGUGAUAUCAAUGACGCUUUAAUGUAUCCGCUUAACUUUGGCGGUGUAGAACAAAAUGAAUUUCGCAACGCUCGAUUUCCCAAUGGAUCAUUCAGUGACAUGAAUACGAAAAAUUUACUCAACGAAACUGAAUCUAAAUGCGGUCGAAAUACAACAGUUGCUUGGAUAGAUGCCGUUGACCAUAACCAGUUGGCUAUCAUUCAUGGUGGUCAAAUGAAUGUUGGAAAUGAUUGCUUCUUUGUACUUGAUCAUCGUGAUGAUCAGAUUGCUUUGCUUCCAGUUAGGACUCAAGAGUAUUCUCUUCUGAUUGAUUUAGAACAAGCGAAGUUCAACCUAUCGGCGUUGAUUGGUCUCGAAAAUACAAAUACGAAUACGAAUGAUGAAGUAAUGAUGACGGUACAUUUUGCGCAAGAUAAAGGUGGAUUUGAUUCUGCACGUUCUGCGCGAAAAUCAAUCCGAAACCAAACAUCGAUUCAGUUUCAUUCGUUCAUCCACGAUAUUAUUCCUAAAACAAGACAUCUUUACAUAUCUUUUUCAUGUACUGUUGUUAGCGGCACUAAGAAUCAACAAUGCUUAUUCGACCAAGUAGAAAUUUCAAUAUCCAAGAAAGACAUCUAA